CUUGGUCUUCUGUUGAUCAGUUCACCACGCCUGCAAAAUGGUGUUUCGAGAGGGAACAGCUCUAUUCCGAUUAAUGUUGAAGUUGCGACGAAACUCACGCUGUACGACGAUGACUGACUCAUUAUUUCGGACGAAACAAUCAUAGGCGAAAACGCGGUGCUUCACCGUCCAAGGCUCCAUAACGACAACUGGUGAACUGGUAAAAUAAUGCUAGGAUCUCACGAGUCAAACGGCGCCCUCCCCACCUCUCUC